AGGCUCGGCGCGCUUCGGGGCAGAAGCUCGGAGACGCCGUCCUCGACGCUACCUUCUCUGGUGCUUCUGUCUCUGCCUGCUGCCCCCCAGCCCUUUCCCCCGCCCGCGGCCCCAGUCGGCCCUCCCGCCGAGCCCCGCCGGGUGCUGCGAGGCCCCCGGCGUUGGCAAGGUCGGUCCGGGCCCCGACGCCGCGCCGCCUCGUGCGGAGCCCGACUGUCUGGUUUCGCGACUCAGCGCUGUCUUCUUUCCCAGGACUUAUCCAGAGGGUGCUGCAGGCGAGCACGCUCGUGCCCCGCCGGAGCGACCCGGCUCGUGCCGGCAGCGGCCGCUCGUAGACGUCCGAGAAGCCUGCCGAGUGCCGUCCCGGCGCCCGACCGCCCACCCAUUGGCCCGCCGGCCCGGUUCUUCCUGAUGCAGACUGCCGUCCACUAGAGGCUGGACAGGACCCCCCGAGAGAGAGCGAGAAAGAAAAAGGAAGAAGCAUAAUUCAGCCAUUUUUUGCAGCACACAGCUGCAGGUGAUUCAUGGCAGGGGACGUGGAAGGAUUCUGUUCCUCCAUCCAUGACACCAGUGUCUCUGCUGGGUUCAGAGCACUGUAUGAGGAGGGAUUGCUUCUUGAUGUCACUCUGGUUAUUGAAGAUCAUCAGUUCCAGGCCCAUAAAGCACUCUUGGCCACCCAGAGUGACUACUUCAGAAUUAUGUUUACUGCAGACAUGAGGGAACGAGAUCAGGACAAAAUUCAUUUAAAAGGUCUAACAGCUACUGGUUUCAGCCACGUCCUGCAAUUUAUGUACUACGGUACUAUAGAGCUGAGUAUGAAUACCGUUCAUGAGAUUCUUCAGGCAGCCAUGUAUGUUCAGCUUAUAGAAGUGGUGAAGUUCUGCUGCUCUUUUCUCUUAGCGAAGAUCUGCCUAGAAAAUUGUGCAGAAAUUAUGAGACUCUUAGAUGAUUUCGGCGUAAACAUCGAGGGAGUCAGGGAGAAGUUGGACGCCUUUCUGCUAGACAACUUUGUGCCACUCAUGUCUAGGCCUGACUUUCUGUCCUAUCUGAGCUUUGAGAAGCUCAUGUCUUAUUUGGAUAAUGAUCAUCUGAGUAGGUUCCCAGAGAUAGAGCUGUAUGAGGCUGUGCAGUCUUGGCUGCGGCAUGAUAGAAGACGCUGGAGACAUACCGAUACCAUCAUUCAGAAUAUCCGGUUUUGCUUGAUGACCCCAACCAGCGUUUUUGAGAAGGUUAAGACAUCAGAAUUUUAUAGAUACUCCCGACAGCUCCGUUACGAAGUUGACCAAGCAUUGAAUUACUUUCAGAAUGUUCACCAGCAGCCUUUGUUGGAUAUGAAGUCAAGCCGCAUUCGUUCUGCAAAACCACAAACUACAGUAUUUCGAGGAAUGAUUGGACAUAGCAUGGUUAACAGUAAAAUACUUCUCUUAAAGAAACCAAGAGUCUGGUGGGAACUAGAAGGCCCACAAGUACCUCUGCGACCUGACUGCCUUGCUAUCGUCAAUAAUUUUGUGUUCCUGUUAGGUGGGGAAGAGCUGGGCCCGGAUGGUGAAUUCCAUGCUUCUUCCAAAGUAUUCAGGUAUGACCCGAGACAAAACUCCUGGCUGCAGAUGGCAGAUAUGUCUGUACCACGCUCUGAAUUUGCUGUAGGUGUUAUUGGGAAGUUUAUUUACGCCGUAGCAGGCAGAACCAGAGAUGAGACUUUCUAUUCAACUGAGAGAUAUGACAUCACCAAUGAUAAAUGGGAAUUUGUGGAUCCAUAUCCAGUUAACAAAUAUGGACAUGAGGGGACAGUGCUCAAUAACAAGUUGUUUAUCACCGGUGGAAUCACCUCAUCUUCCACCUCCAAGCAAGUGUGCGUGUUUGACCCCAGCAAAGAAGGGACCAUAGAACAACGGACCAGGAGAACUCAAGUGGUUACCAACUGUUGGGAGAAUAAGAGCAAGAUGAAUUACGCGAGAUGCUUUCACAAGAUGAUUUCUUACAAUGGCAAGCUUUAUGUCUUCGGUGGCGUCUGUGUGAUCUUGAGGGCCUCUUUCGAAUCUCAGGGAUGCCCUUCUACAGAAGUAUACAACCCAGAGACUGAUCAGUGGACCAUCUUGGCAUCCAUGCCGAUUGGUAGAAGUGGUCAUGGUGUGACUGUGCUGGACAAACAAAUAAUGGUUCUUGGAGGCCUUUGUUAUAAUGGUCAUUACAGCGAUUCCAUUCUCACUUUUGAUCCGGAUGAAAACAAGUGGAAGGAAGAUGAGUACCCUCGGAUGCCCUGCAAGCUGGAUGGUUUACAAGUAUGCAACCUGCAUUUUCCGGACUAUGUACUGGAUGAGGUCAGGCGUUGCAACUAAUGACAUCCUUCUCCCUAAAAGAGGCAAACAAAGUAUUUGUUUGUGCAGAGUAGUUAAUUAAAACAUAUAAAGAAAAACCUCACCAGUUUUACUAUCAAAGCCAUUGGUCUAACAUCGUAAGAAUUUUUCAUUCUGUGCUAGCAUCCUUUUUUUCUUUUCUUUUCAGUGGCCUCAAACUCAUGCAAUAAGUUAAUUCUAAGUGCUAGCUCUUGAAACUACUUCCAGAAGCAGUUUAAUAGAAUGCUCCACUUAUCUGGGAAAUUGAUUUUCUGCUUUAAACAUUUCUUUCAGAUGUUAGCGUAGGAGUCAUGUGUCUUCUAAGAGAAGACCUGAUAAGUGUCACUGGAUGUGAUUUCAGUCCCUGUCUCUAUCUGAAACCUUUUUGAAGAUUUAUUUCAGUGUAUUUCAGUCUGUUAUACUUUUUGGUUUUAUUAUUUAAAAGUUUAAAACUCUUGACCUUUUUGCAUGGCUUUUUGCUGAAAAUGCAAAAAUAUAAAUUUUCUACAAAAUUAACUUUUUAUAUUCAAAACACUAUUUCUAAGCUGCCUUCUCUUAUCCGCAUUGUGUUAGUGAAAGCAUAUUCAUACUCGCAUACAACCUAUAAAUACACAAGGCACAUCCCUUUUAUGCGUGGUUAGGAUUCUAUAUUUUUAAGCUAGUGCACUUGCACACACAGUUCGCCAUACUUGUUGAAUUUUAGAUGUAACGUCUUUUCACAUAUUAACAUUUUUAGAAAGUUAAAAUAACUGGAGUCCUCAUUUGCUAUCAAAGUAGCCUAUCUUCAGUCCAUACUGAUUCAGUAAUAUUUGAAUUCCUUAUAUUUCUGAAACAUGUAUGGUUAUGAAAACUAACAUUUUAUAGUUUAUUUUCAAAAGUAAAUGUUAGUGUUCUUUGUCGAUGUAUGUCUUUUCUUUUUGAAAAUGUUUUUCUUUGCAGUCUGUUUAACGUUGCCCUGUUUUUAGUGAGAAUCGGAGUGGUAUAUGACAAGUUCUGGCCCUGCAGCAUGCAAGCACUUUUAAAGAGCAUUUAGGUAAUACCAGACUCCUAAAUCAAGGCCCUUAAAAGUAAGUGCAACUCCCAUUUUUUACAUUCAGUAAGGCUGCUGCAUUUGUUAUUGAAUGGAAGGUAGAAACUGUUAGAAAAUUUGAGCUCAGUUUUGACUUAGAGGUAAGAAAUAGAAUUACAAUGUUACUGGUUUUAUCUACUUGUUUAUUUUGUACAAAAUACCCAGCGACACUAGGGAUGUAAGCCCUCAGUUUUGUUUUAUUUACUGAAAGCUAUUAGCAUGAAGGAUAGUAACCACAAAGUUCAGAAUGGAUCAAGAAUAGCUGUUUAAAAGCAUUUAUAAUAAGUGUUUUAGGAUUAGCUGCACCUUUCAACUCUUUAAAUGCAGAGGAAAAAACAGUUGACAAAGUUAAGCAAGAAUAGCCUGGGAGUGGAUCAUUAAAAUUGAUGCCAUUUUCACAUGAGUAGUCUAUAUCUGAUACAGACUAGAUCUAUACUGGCAAAGCUUGCCAGAUCUUAGAAUAUUGGUGCAAUAUUGCAAUGCCUUCUAUAUGGCUGCUGAUGUAUAAAUUUUCUAGUUUCACUUUGUUCGUUUGGUGUUUGUUUGUUUGUUUGUUUGUUUGCUGCUGCCACCAUUGAACAUAAAAUGGAAGUGUGAAGUCGUGGAAAUGUGAAGACUUUGGUUUUUGGGGGUUUUUUGGGCAGUUAUUAGGCAUACUAUGAGAUUAAACCUGAUCUUCAAACUCCAAAAUUGGAGGCAUUUGGGUUUAAGAAAGUCAGGUACACAAGUAGCUUUUGAAAAAACCAUUGGCAUUGAUUUCAGAAAUCAAUAAUAAUCUAAUUUUGUAUAUGAAACUUAAAUUUCCAUUAACUAGUCCUAUCAUUUACUUAGAGUUUCCAAACAUGAAAUUUGGUAUCUUGUUUCCCAUGGUAAUAUGGGUAAAAAGUCUUUUUCUACAUUUAAAAAAAAACUAUUAUUUUAUUUUUGAAAGCUAGGAAUAAGUUAACCAUUUAAUUUUUUUUUCUACUACAUUAGUUUAGUGGCUUUGUAUGUGUGCUGUUUUGCUUUAAAGAAAAUAACGUCUUCAUUAUUUUCCUCAUUGAUGUCUUUUGCUAGAAAAGACCAAGAAAGAGCCAUCAGGCCAGGUAUCCCCAUCAAAGGCUUUACACUCUAGUGGUGGUUCUCUUUAAUUGCUUAGAUAUGACUUUAUGGCCCUAGUUAGGGUGACAUUUGGGCGAACAUUUGAGUAUUCUUGGUCUUCAAUUUUAAAGACAGAGGCCAAGAUCAAAGUUCAUGUUUUGUAAAAUUCGUAAAAUCUUAACUUGAACUAACUCUGGGUUCAGCUUCACGUAAGUCACGUCGGACCUGAUGUUAGCUGUAAUCAGUUUUGAGCUUUAAGAAUAGUUGCUGUUGCUUGGGUUCUGAAUGUAUGAGAAAACUCCCUGUUUAUAUGUAGUUCUAAUUUAGGUUAUUUUAAAUCCGUGAUUAACUUACAUUCCCUUUUAAAAUUAUGGUUUAAUUGCUGCAAGAGAUUUAUUUUUGUUAUACUAAACUAUGGAAAAGUUUUUCAUAGCAUUUUUUUCAAGUUUAUUUUUUGUGUGCUUCAUCUGGAAUUUUUGUUUAUAUACUUUGCGCUCAAAAAAGUAGUUUUUCGAAAAAUUCAGUAAGAUUUGAAUCUGUACAGUUUAACUGUUAUGACCUUUAUGCGUGGUGUUUUCACUUUGUAUCUUAAAUGCCAGAGUUCACAAAAAUAGCUGAUCUUCAUUAAUUACAUCUUAAUUAGAACUAUUUGUUCUCUUCCGUGUCUUUGACCUUCUAAGUUUUGAUUUUAAAGAAAUUCCUUGCACUACAACCUUUUCUUAAAAUGCAAGAUUCUCACAUUGAAGGUUUUGUGUUGGAAGAAAUGCUACUGGUUUUUAAAAAGCAAAGCUUAACUAAUAGAAUUACUAGCUUUUCUUGAGACAGCUUUCUGUGUCCUCAUUACUCUGCUCUGUGUGAGUGUUACUAGAAUUUGUGGAAUACUGACUGAGCCCUUCACUUAUCUUUUCUAAAGCAGCACCUUUGGACACCUCAUUCUGGGAAGCCUGCUCGAGUCAUAGUAAAGGACACACGCUUUAUGUGGGGAGAAGUGGUAAAAAUGGAGUUUUGUCUUAAUUACAUGAAACUAAGCUUUAAAAUAUUUUAUAACAGAUUAUUUGAGCUGCAUAAUCUAAACAUGUCAAACGUUCAGUGGGACUAUUUUUAUAUAUGUAUAUGUGGGUGUAGGUCAUAACAUUUCAGUUUAUAAUAUAAAUUGUUAUUUCAGUUUAUAAGCUAUCUCUCAAAGGAGACUAGCUCUUUUGAGAAUUCAUAAUUUAAAGUUUUAGACUGAAGUAAAAUACAACAUAGAUAAUAGUGUAAAUCAGAUAUAAUUGAGGGCUAUAUGGCAGUAAAACUGCUAGUGCCAGUUUUCUUGUUUGCCUGUUAAACAUUUUUGAUUUUUGUUUUGUAUUCUGAACAUUUUGAGAGAUCAUAUGUUUGUUCAAUUACAUUUAGAGUUGGUUUGGGAAUAAAUAUCUUCUAAAAAGAGAUUUAUCUUAAAAAUGGAAGUCCUAAAAAUUAGUUUAUCCAGAGUUUAUAAAGUCAAAUAUUCACUAGGCAUAGACUGGAAUAGAUAAAUUCAUGGAAAUCAUAUCCUUUCAGUACACCAUAUAACUUCAAUAUUACACAAGUAACAUUGAGGAGAAUGCCAUCAGCUUUGUUCUCCCUUAAAUUCUUAGGUUUUCUUUUUACAUUUUGGGAACAACUACAUUUAAAAUGUUAUUAAUCAGUAUAUAGUAAGGAUUAGGUGUUUGCUUUCUGAAGGAAUGGUCCAGUGAGGUGAUUGGGAGAGGUUAUUUUCUACCUAACUUGUAUAUGCCCUGUACCUCUUGGGCAUACUUUGUCUAUAGAAAAAUAUUUUGACCUUUAGGUACAUUUUGGGCCAGUAGUCAAAUAAUCCUAGGGCCGAUAUAAAAAUCUUAGAAUAAUUUAAGGUUUGCCUUUUAUACCUGUUUUGAAAGCCUUUACAUUUUUGUCAGGUAAUUUUUCCCAAGCCGUGGAUAUAAUCUAUUCAAACAUGUUUAUGCUAUCCAUUCUGUUUUUAAAUUGAAAAAAAAUGUUAAAAGUGUUUAUGAAGAAAAGUUUAAAUAAAAUAUUUUUAAUCUUUAAAAUAUA